UGACUUCGUGCGUACGGGGCAAUUCGUAUCAUUUGUCAUUAGUAACUCGUCAGUAGCACACGUUUUAAAAUUAUUAAACAAUGUCUCGACCGGUUUUAUCGACUCACGUGCUCGAUACAUCCACUGGAAGGCCAGUAGCUGGUAUUUAUGUGGAAUUGUACAAGAAAAGAGACGCGUUCUGGACGCAAUGGCAUAAUACAAUGACAUCUAGCGAUGGCAGAAUACAAUUCCCAUUUUUAGAAGAAUCUAUGGGUGCUGGAACCUACAAGCUUAAAUUCAAUGUGGAGGACUACUACACAAGAGACCAUAAGGAAACUCUGUACCCCUUUGUAGAGAUAGUAUUCAACACUAAGGAAGGAGAACAUUACCACAUCCCACUACUCCUCAGCCCGUACGGCUACUCCACUUAUAGAGGAAGCUGAAAUUACACAACCCACCGGAAUACGAAAACCUACCUGCCUGCUUUUUCAAUAAAUACCGUAAUAACAUAAA